AUCACAGGCUGCAGACUGGUGUGGAGAUGAGGGACUGAGCUUUCCCCUUACCAGUUUUAAAGGCUAUAAGAAGCUAAAAGCACACAGAAGUCAUGGCAUCUCUCACAUGGAGGCUUCACAUAUUACUCACUCCUACAUCUGCACAGUGUAAAGAAGAGAUUUACUCAUUCUGCCCAGAGGCUGAGCCAGAAGAGACAGCAAAGCUAAUGUGAUUCAUUGAAGGAAGAGAGUGGACAAUUACCAGCAACUUGUUUACGUUUUGCCUUGGAUAGCCUAAGCUGAAAACCCUGGCUGAGAAUGACCCAGCAAAUGCACAACCUGAGCCUCCUGCAGAGCAAAAAGGCCAGCAUGCCGUCGUCCCCCAACGCUGCCAAGCGGCUGUACAGGAACCUGUCGGAGAAGCUGAAGGGCAGCCACACGUCCUUCGAUGAAGCUUAUUUCCGAGCCCGCUCCGACCGCCUCAGCCUCCGCAAGGCCUCCAUGAAUUUUCAGUGCAAUGAAGCUAUGUUUGAGGCCGUAGAGCAGCAGGACCUGGAUGCUGUUCAGAUUCUUCUUUAUCAAUACACCCUGGAGGAACUGGACCUGAACACACCAAACAGCGAGGGACUCACUCCUUUGGAUAUUGCCAUUUUGACAAACAACAUCCCCAUUGCCAGGACCCUUCUACACGUUGGAGCAAAGGAAAGCCCACACUUUGAGACCGUGGAGAGCAGGUCUACACACCUGAGCACGCUGGUGCAGGAGGCCCAGCAGAGAGUGGCGGAAUUGUCUGCGCAAGCAGCGAGUGAAGGGCUGGGCAUGGAGAGCACCGAGAGGGAAAAGCAGCUCAAGGGCUGGGAGUGGAGGGCCAGGCUCUACCAGCGCAUGAAGGCCGGCUACGAGCAUGCCCGAGCCCCCGAGGCGCCAACCAACGUCUGUCUCAUGGUAACGAGCAGUACAUCACUCACUGUCACCUUCCAAGAACCCCUCAGUGUCAACUCAGCUGUGGUGACCAAGUAUAAAGUGGAAUGGAGUUCUUCAGAAGACUUUUCUCCUUUGGCUGGUGAAAUAAUUAUGGAUAAUCUUCACUCUUUGAGGUGCUCCAUCACAGGUCUCAGGACGGGCCAGAGAUAUUGUGUCCGUGUCUCAGCAUACAACGUGAGAGGAUGGGGACCUCCACGCAAAUCCACUCCUGAAUAUGCUUCACCUUCAAACUGGAAAGACUGCAGUGGAAGAGAGCCUCGGCACAGAGGACACACGGAGGCCCUGGAACGCCUCCUUCAGCAGGUUCGAGCAGCUCAUCAGCACUAUAAUUGCAGAGAAAGUUCUAAAUUACAAAAUGCUGGUCGCAAGCAAUCGGUUUCCAGAAGCCUGAAGCACCUUUUCCAUUCAUCAAACAAGUUUGUGAAGACUCUGAAACGGGGACUCUACCUAUCUGUUAUACUUUUUUACAAAGACAAUUUGUUAGUAACCAAUGAAGAUCAAAUCCCAAUUGUGGAAAUCGAUGACUCUCACAGUAGUUCAGUUAUGCAGGAUUUCCUGUGGUUCACAAAGCUGUCCUGCAUGUGGGAUGACAUCAGGUGGCUGAGGCAGAACAUGGCUGUGUCUGUGUCCUCAUCCACAGCCCUCCAGGCCAGGCAGAAGAUGCUUUCAGCAGCAGCACAGCUACAGAAUUUGCUGGGAACUCACAAUUUAGGCAGAGUUUUUUACGAGCCAAUUAAGGAUCGACAUGGCAAUAUGCUGAUAGUUACUGUAAGAGAAGUGGAGAGUCUGUACUCAUUUUUUAAUGGCAAAUGGAUGCAGGUAUCCAAACUACAAAGCCAGAGGAAAUCCCUUUCAACUCCAGAGGAGCCAACAGCAUUAGACAUCUUGCUUAUAACAAUCCAGGACAUACUUUCCUAUCACAAACGAAGCCAGCAGCGCCUCCCUCCCGGCUUGUACCUGGGUUACCUGAAACUCUGCAGUUCUGUGGAUCAGAUCAAAGUUCUUGUGCUGCAGAAGCUGCCCAAUGUCCUGUGUCACGUCAAAAUCCGAGACAACAGCAACGUCUCCAAAGAUGAGUGGGAAUGGAUCCAAACACUUUCUGGCUCAGAAUCCAUGGAAAGUAUGGAUCAUACUUCAGACUGCCCUACUCAAUUGUUCUUGUAUGAGCUCCAGACGGCAGUGAAAGCUCUCCUCAAACAGAUCAAUCUACCUCUGCAUCAGGCUAAGCACUUCCGUCUGUACACACAGGAGGUGUUGGAACUGGGUCACAAUGUCUCCUUUCUUCUCCUGCUCCCCGCCUCAGACGACGUCUGCACUGCCCCAGGACAGAAUAAUCCUUACACCCCACUCUCAGGAUUUCUUAACCUCCCUCUUCAGAUGUUUGAACUCGUUCAUUUUUGCUGUUACAAGGAAAAAUUUAUAAGCCUGUAUUGCCGCCUUUCUGCUGUCAUAGAGCUGGACUCUCUGAAAACCCAGCAGUCCCUGAGGGAAGCAAUUUCAGACAGUGAAGUCGCAGCAGCCAAACAAAGACACCAGCAAGUUAUAGACUACAUACAGCAAAUUGAUGAGAUAUGGAGGGACAUGAGAUGGAUCACAGAAGCACUGCAGUAUGCAAGAUACAAGCAGCCAGCAGCAGGCCUGCCCAUAAAGAAGCUUGUAGAUCUUUCAGAAGAACACUCUCAAAAGAAAAUGAGCUCCACCUCUUCACAUCUAGAUUGUCUUCCUUCACCUCCACCUUCCCCUGAGCCUAGAAUCCAGAGGAGAAAAGCUGUGAGUGACUCCCAGCCCUGCUCGGAUGAGGAAGGCUGCUCCGAGGUGUUCCUCCCAACCGACAGUGACUACGACUCCAGCGAUGCGCUGAGCCCGAGGGAAUCUGAGCUGAUUUACUCCUCGUCCCAGGACAUCUCCCAGCAGGCUGGCAGUGGCCUGGGGGGCAGCGCACCCAACGUGCUCCAAGCCCAUGACGUGAAGCCCUGCCUGGCACUGAGGGAAGGCCUGACAGAGUGUGGUGCCUUGGACACCAGUGCUGAAUGUUGCACAGAGCAGAUGAGCAGCCUGACAAUGUCAGGGCUUACACCAAAAAGCACGGACAAGUCCUCCAGCUCCAAGCAGCCACUGGGCUUUUUAGGGAAAAAAAAGUUGGGGAAGCACCAACAUUACAACUACUUCAGCCGGCAGCACCGCUGGCUGCGCGUGCACAGCGAGUCUCAGGGGGGCUCCCUGUCUGAAGGUGUGUACACACAGCAUCCUAUCAGAUCUCCAGAUUUUUUUCAGGAACCUACCUCCAGUGAGCAGGUGAAGAUUCCCACCGAUGGGUCUCAGAGCACUUUCGUACCUCAUGCAUCCAGCCUUCCAGAGGAUGGGAAAGGCAAGGAUGAGGAAGCAAGGCAGGAUGUCCAUAGGACACAUGUGGAGCCUUAUGAAACAACAUUUCUGGAUGAAGAGGUAAAGCCCUGGGCAAUGAGCAUGGAGUCUGUGGAACACACGGAUGUGCACAGUGCUAUGCAACAGAUCACAGGUCCAGAGGAGCAGUCGGGUUCUGCUGUCCCAGAAGUUUUCAGCAGCACCCUUUAACCCCAGAAUCCUGCACAGCUUCCCAUCAUUCCACAUGAGAUAUGAGAGUUGUGAUCAUAAAGGCCAUACUUUCAAAAUCACUGGUAAAAAUCCAGCUCCUAAAAUGGCAACUUGUGCCUCUCUAAAGAAUCUGAAUCUUUUGACUUCAUCACCAGAUUUCUGGUGUCACAGAGGUAUCACCUGCCAUGAAGUGAGCAUUAUUAUUACUGACAUCUGCAGCUUUGCAGGUAGAGUCAUAACAGUCACUACAUAACAAUGUGCAAUUGAGUAAUCAGGUUUUGCAGAUCUCUUCAUUCCCAUGUUUCUCUGAGCAUGCAAAAUUUUAAGCAUGAGUAGUUCUGCCUGCAAGUAAGCAGAAGCUAUAACAGCCUUGGUGUCCUUAUGUUAGGACUGUGUCCUAAAAGCCUAUUAAACUAUUUCCCACCAUCUCCUGCAAUUUUUUCUACUUUUCACCUUUUCUUGAAUGGAUUUAGUCUGGAUAUAGUUGAGAUGCUCACUGGUCUAGUAACACUGAUAACCCAGAGUUUCUGGCCCCUUAAAGAAAUGGAAAUUCUUUCAAUAUCUAGCUAAUGUAAUCAACACCAUCUCUGAAUGCUGUUGAAGCCUGGCAUAAUUAUCACAAUUGUGUUUUCAGGAGCUCAGAUUCUAAAUUAUUUAAGUGGCAAGUAAUUUUAAAAGCUCAGGAGAUGAAUCUUUGAGGUCAGGAGCAGACAGAAAGAGGUCAGGUUCUAGACAAAUAAUAUGCAGGGUCUGUGUGAGAUUGACUUUUCUUCUCCCCACCACACAAGAGAAAAUUUUGUUGUGUUGGCAUCACUUUCACACACCCAUUGGAAAGAAACACCCCUAUUUUUAUUACUGAAUAUAACUCCAGGAGUAUUUGAUCACUAUGACUGAAGCUGGAAUAUUCUGGCAAUUCCGAUUAGGGAAGUUUGGGGUGAGGUUUGAAUCUGAGAUUUUUAUCUUUGGGCCCCAAAUAAAUAUUAGUAUGAUAAGGAGGUUGGGAUCUUGCUCUGUUGUGUAAAGGCAAAUUACACUGAGUCAGGAUUUUGUCCUUUGCAACCACAAUAAACCUUGAAGCAUGACAGAAGAUAAUCUCAAAAAUGAAAUCUAUAUUAAUAAGAACCGUAACACUGGAGUCACCAAGAAAUGAACUAAUGUGUAGAGAGACCCCAGCUGUUGCACAAGCUUUAAUUUUCUUAAACAGUUCUUGAAGUUUAAUUUUAUAGGCCACAUUCCUGCUGGUUAAAUUCCCUCACUCCGUGUUUGUGCAGCCUUCUACCUUUCAGUUUUCCAGCCUCCAGGUGGAUACAUUCUAAGGCCCCCAAUAAAGAGAUUUGAGUUAAAUAGUUGAGUUUACAAGUCCUUGAGGUAAAGGUAAGGAUUCGGGCCCAUGAUCUGUGGUCCUUAUUAAAAUAGCACUUCCAUAACCCCAGUGCUAUUAAAAUCCCUGUGAACUCAAUCCAUAAAUUCAAAAAAUAAAUGUUAUUCACUAUUUUAUGUUUCGUCAGUAUGUGGAAGCCAAGAAGAGUCUUUGCAGUGAUAGAAGGGCAAAAAAUUUCUAUAAGGGAUUUACAUUUGUAACUUCUCAUUUUGGGAACAGGAAGUUAACUUUUUGCACCAAAAAUACUCAUUACCUGAUCCAAAGUGAGGAUGGAAAGACUUCCAUUCACUCCCACAGGGUCUGGAUGUGACCCACACCGAAAAUUCCUGUGGGUGAGAAGAUGCAGGGGGAGCAGCAGUGUCAGUGCCCAUUUGCAGCUAGAAGGGCACACAUUGUAUGGAACUGGGGAUGAGGAAAGCCUGACUCAGCCACAGAGCCGAGCAGAGAUGUCUGACUGUCACUGAGGGCACUCACAGCUGGUUACUUGAUAUUCUGUUUAUUAGCAGAAGGCUUUUCACCAGGGAGAGACAAACAAUGAAUGUAAGGCUCCUGUGCAGAAUCAAAAUAAUUUACACAGUUUUCCAGUGUCCAGCACCUUGCCUGGGCUCCCCUAAUCUGUUUUGCCUCUAAAAAAAACUGCCAUAAAACUAUUAAAGAAUGAAAUAACCAUACACUGAGGCCAUAUGUUUUUUCAGGAAAUGAUGAGAUAAAACAAGAUGUUCCUAAAAAUGAAAUCCACCUCACUUUGUUUUGGCUCAUCAGGAACAAUGAGGGCAAGAAGUAGCAAAAUCUCCAGUAGAGAAGCACACACUGCUGGUGAGAUAAGGAUAUUAAAAUCUCUUACCUGCUCCUGCUGCUGGACCUUUCCAAAGCAGCCAUAUAGCCAAUAAAGGAUAGUAAUAGUUCUUUACUUGUAGGAAGGCCUUGACUUCAUCAUAGUCUUCUCUGCUGAGAUGAAAUUUGACUCUGGGAGUGCAAAUACCAGCCAAAAUCUAUCCUGUCUUGAUUUAAACCUUGCUAUGGAAGGAGUGUUUAGGUGAUGGCCAAUGGGAUGUGCAUCCUUGAUCUACUGCCUCCAGACUGAGGUUCUUCCACAAACUUUAAUAGUCAAAGUACUAAUUGAUCUGGGUUUAAAUACUUCUGCCUAUAAAGCACUGACUUAUCUUCAGGUAAAAAUGCAUGUUCUCUGUUCAAAAUUGCUACCCCUACCUAUUUUGGGUCUCCUUUAAAGAAUAGUAGUGAACACCCAGAGAUAAAUAAAUAGUAGAGAACACCCAGAGAUAAAUAAAUAGUAGAAUGCAGUGCCUUUCAAGUACUGCCAUAAUACAAAUCACAAUUCUUGUGCAGUUCUCUUAGGAACAUCACAUACAUAUUUCAAAAGCAAUUUCAGCAACUGGAAAGAAUCCUGGAAAAUGCACAGCACAGCACUGUUAGCCCCACUCCUCAGUAUCUCUACCAGUGACUUUUCUGAGUAGAGCUGAGUAAAGGCUCACAGUCCAGAAUCAAAUUAAAAUUAGGAAUUUGGAUCUUUAAUUACUGGGAACCCUUUCUCCAGGCUGAGCUUGAGAGCCCCUCCAAGGGCUCUUGCACAGAGCUGGGCAGUGCCACGGCUCAGAGCCUGCACCAGUUUCAGUGGCCAGCAGACAGUUCAUUCAAAGGAGCCUGUGCCCACUUUGCACCAGUUCAAGCUCUCCUCUCUAAAGGGCACUUGUGCUUUGCAACUUCUGAGUCUCUCUUACUCUUCCAUCUUGCACCAGAACUUUUGUCCUGCAUUUUUCAGGGAGUAUAUUUUCUCCUGGGCUGAACCCAGUCCCUCCUAUUUCUAGCCAUGAAUUGGACUGGCUAAAAAAGAAUAUAGUGCUUUAACAUUAUGACUCCACAGAAAGAAAUUUAAAAAAAAAAAUCUCCCUGUGUAGCGGUCUCAAACUUUCCUGUUUCUGCUGCUAGGAAGUGAGAUAUAAGUAAACUGCAAGGUCUACACUCAAAAUUCCUUGCAUCCAUGUGCAGGAAGGCAGUCUGCACAUGGACAGUUUGCCUCAAGACAUUGAGACAAUAAGCAUUUAUUUCCCAUGCUUGUAUUUUUUACUUUGUUUUAGAGACUAAUUAACAAUUGGAUUUUUUACAUAGACAAAGAAAUCUAUAAAAUAAUGCUUUUAAAUACAGACAUUAAUGGGGGAGAGGGGACAUGGAAUAUUUUAUCCUGAAUAUUCAUAUGCUUUGGAAAGAGAUGGCACAUCUUUAAAUUCUCCAUGGUAUAAAGAAAUGCAUUAAGUUGCUGGUCAACUCUUUGAAGGUGUUUCAAUGCACGGCUCAUGACUGUUAUGUAAAAUUUCAAUACAGCCUUACAAACAACAAGGGUAUAGUGUAUUUGA